GCGCAUUACGUACGUCAGUGCGCGUCAAAGUCAAACGAGCCUCUGUGCUCCCGAGUGUAGCUGCACCGACUAACUAGACACACCAACUGGCUGACAUGGAAGUAGCAGAUCAAUGGCAGCGAGAGUGGGCUGGCACGGCCGAAUAUGGAAAGGUGACAGAAGGAGGAGUGACAAGGCGAAUCGCGCGCGCUAUGGAAGUCUUGCACACAAGCGGUCCAGGCGCGCGGGUGAGAGUACUACGCGCCGCAUACCACUCCUCAGCUGGACCCGGUGUGCCUGCCUCCUCAUACAUGCUGCACUCCUCAAGAAGGGUAAUAACUUCGGGUUUCAACUUCAUGGAGCCACCCUCGCUUCCUUCAAUUCCAAGUAAACCACUAGAGAUAUCGUCCACUUCUCUAGACUCGUCGCCAGAUUCACACACAGAAACAGAAAAUUACAAGGUCACCGAGCCGGACGAUUUGGAAAUAUCAGAGCCAUCUAAAUGGAGAGGUUCGUCCGGAAUCAACUCUAUAAGAAUGCCCAGUGAAGAAUCUUCUUCUGCAGAUAACGCUAGCAUAAUUGAUCUCGAUGUAAGAACAAAUAAAGGCUUACACAGAAAGUAUUCAUAUGAUUCAGAAAGCAGUGACAAUCAGUGGAAUAAAAACAGUGCUAGAUCUCCAUUUCUUGAUGCACCCAUAACGUUAAACACCCUAAAAUACAAAUCAUUAUUAAAUAAUAGUUGGAAUAACAGAAGAAAGAGUUAUAGUUUUGAAGACACAUCUUCUAUGGGUGACGAUAGUCCGUUUAAAAACGACACGAUAGCCAUGGAAUCUUCUACAGAUAGCGGCAUUUGCAAAUCAUCAGAAAUAGUCAACGACGCUACAGAUGAUAGUUCACAUUCAAGAACUUUUGAUCACAAUGAAAAAAAGAGUAAAAUACAAGAUGAAUCCUUUCAAGAAUGGCUCUCGAAAAAUAGACUAAACAGUUUUUAUAAAGGAACUAAAUUUAAAUCUGACAGAGAACACAAUACCGUUAUAGAACAUCCAUCUGAAAACAAAGCACACAACAAUAAUAUAAUCAUACAAUCUACGGGAAAAGUAUCAAUAACGUUGCCGGUCACUAUUGAAGCAGAUGAUAAUAGUCAGCAUAAAAAAGUCAAGAAAGUAGAAUUUUGUAAAACUGAACUUCACGUUGCCGUAGACACUGGUGAAGUAAACAUAAUAUCUACUGACGAUAAGCCACCUCCUUCCAAUGAUUUCAGAAAAAGACGAAGUGCAUUUGUUCCAAUGUUAGAUGUUCCCGAGAAAUCUAUUACUCUGUUUGGGGAUAAAUUUAUCGAUUCAUCAGAAUCCAUCCAGGUCGGAGAUAUGCUCAAGCGUAAUAAUGGUGAUGUUAGCGAAAUUGAUGAGAAUACAGCAGCUACAAAAAGUAUUCUCAAAAAUAAAAUUCCGAAACCCAAACCAUAUCUCUUAGGAGAGAACAUGGCAUUUGGGUCGACGAGUAUAUCAAACGAAACUGGACAUAAUGAAAAUUUUGCUGUUCAAACUGCAGUAUCAUUGAUAAAUAAACAAUUGGAAGCAGAAAGACGAUACAGUGAUGAAUUAUUAAAAUCAAACGUAUUGGAACAAACAAAUAGUUCUGUUAGAAAAACCAGCGCAUUUCGGACAAUAGAUGAAGGUCCUAACAAAGAUGACAUGUCUGAUACGGAAGACACUCCUCGUCUAUUAAUAAAAUCAGAUAAACCUGUCAAGGAAUCUAUCAAAGUGAACCACGUAAAUUCAAUUAAAGACAAGUUUUAUGCCCUACAAACAUCUCCAACGCAAAGCAGAUCAAAGACUAGACAAUUGCGACAAAGUGAACUAUCGUACUUCGGUAUUGAUAAUCAUAGAAGAAAAAAUAUAGAUCAGCCAAUUAUUUCUGAGAACGUACCUCAAAAUGAUUCUGCGGUAGAAAAUAUUUUCCAUUCCGUCAAGUUAGUAAAAAAGAUUUCCAAUAGUGUUUGUAGUAGCGAGGCAGAAUCUGAAGACACGCCUCAAUAUCAGAAUGUUCCUCUUAACACUACUUAUACCCCAGUUCCUACACCAAGACUGCAUUCAAAACACGAUAUUAAGCCAAAUAAACUAGAACCAGCUCACAUCGUAAAAAAUGUAGUUGAUAAAGAUAGAGAAGGAAGCGAUGAAAUUAGCGUCCCAGUACCAAUUACACGUCGCCCUAGACUUCGAAAGCAAGAGGACCAUACGACCCCCACAAGUCGAAGUUUAUCUGAACCACCAAAGGGAUAUAAAUAUAAUUCACUUGACAAAACACAUCGCUCCAACAAUCAGUCUACACGGACAACGAAGUAUGCUAAUAAAAGUGGAAAUGAGAAUCAUAAGUUACGUGUGACUAAAGUAUCACCUGGAAACAGUAGGAAAAUAGAAGAAGAUCCUAUUCCAAUAUACGUUAAUUUGGACGACGACGUGGAGCCCGUUUAUCAAGUUCUCGAUAAUAGAACAUCGAGUCAUCGCAGGUCGCUACGAGAUUCAGUAAAGAAAAUCUUUCCAAAGAAACAUUCGCAUAAAACCGAUAAUUAUAAACAACAUUCGAGGCGUAUUUCCCACGAAAAUGAUUACGCCGAAAUAGAGCGAUUAUCUGACAAUGAAAACGAUAGUUUCAAAAAGACACAACGCCUAAAUAGCAAAAGUGAUACUUUACAAAAGUUGGUAAAGAAUGAACAACCUCGAUUUUCUAGAGAUUGUCGUCGAGAAACUGAUAAGCGUCUUACUACCAGUCAAAAUAUAAAAAAAUCAACCGACAAUAAAAAAUCGGAUGAGGAUUCUAUGUCUAAACUCAAACAUGGAUAUAGAAGUUUAUCAUCACAACGUAAUGGAAACAAAACAUCACAUGAAGAUAGUUCAACGAAAAAAAAUGGCAACUUAUCCCGCACUGACAAUAAAACUGUAACGCCAAUAGUAGAAAAUAUUAUGAUACGUCAGAAAAAACAUUCGAAUGAUAAACAUACUUCGAAAAACGAACCAUCACAACAAAAACAACAUAUACGGGAUAAUAACAAUACACCAUCUACUUCACUACAAAUAAAAAGUGAUGCUAAACAUAGUACAUAUAUAAAUUCUAACACAAAAUCUAGUGGCCAGAGAACGAGUCGACGAAAUGAAUACGUUAUUAACUACGACGAUAAAAAAGGAACAGUCUCAUCAGUAUGCAAAAUAAAAACAGGUCCUGGAGGAACUAGGACGAAAAAAGUCUCUUCCGAAAUGAUCGGUGAAAAACCGACAGAGACUGUAGUAAGACAUAAAGCUAUAAACAGAAUAGCCUUGCAUCAUCCGGAGAAUCAGAAUGUAUUGGGUUAUGCAGAUAAGAAAUGGAAGACAAAAAUACAAUCACAAAGUUCUUGCCAACUAUUGUAGUCUGAAAGUGUUACUAGUCUAUAAAGAGUAGCGACUGUGAUUUUGUUUGCGUGGAGUGCAGUAUGGUCUAAAUAGAAUAAGAUAAAGGUGAUCUCACAAUCUGUUAUAUUGAUUGGUAGCCAAUCAUAUAAUUUUAGUUCCCUAACAAAUAAUGUAACAACAUUAAUAAAUCAGCAAAACUAA